GCAACGGCCCUCUACAUUUGUUUGGCCCUGACGUCCCAUCGUGGCACUGCUGCGUGUUACUCGUGUUGUUGUGUUCAGUUGUAUCAGUGUUGUUUAGAAUUUUUCCGUCGAAAUUGUUGUGUUGUUCCAAGCUAAGCGAACCAUAAACAACGAUCAAUCUUGUGAGUAAGUGGCGAAUGUGCGUAAGGCUCUUCGUAGUAGGCGGCGCGAUCAGAGCAUCCCACAGUGCGUGAGUGCGUGCCUGAGAGCCAACAUUGCCGCCGCAACGCAACGCAGCACACCAACACACGUUCGGUGUGUAUAGCGCUACACGACCAUUAGCUGCCGUCGUCGUCGUCAUUAUUGUCUCGCCGUCCGUUGUCAUGGUGUUUGGACGCAGAAGCAUGGCUCCCAUGUUGUAGUGUAGGCUGCCUGCUAAUGCUCGAUGCGUACCGCGGCGGUCAGUUGAGUUCGAAGUUUGGUCGCGUACGGACGGUCUGACUCCGUGCGCCCGGGAAUAGAGCAACUGUUCGCGGUCGUCGGUAAAAGGGGGUUCGUGUCCACAGACGCGGAAUUAGUGUUCUGUUCAGAAAAUCCCCAUGUAAUGUGCAGUUUUUUGUGUAAAAUUUGUGUCAAGUGUUGUAAUUUUAACGCGUGAAGCAAUAGUGCUACGAGAUCAGUCAUAUACGCCCCCUUCUUCUAAACCCACGUGAAUGAAAAAAAUUGCAUACAUAGCUCCAUACCAUAAGAGGGGGAGUCGGUAUCCAUUCUCCCCAUUCCGAAGGGUGUGUAUUUGUGUGUACGAUAGUGUGUGGUGAGCGUGUUUCCCAAGUGUUGAUCGUUCUGUGUAGAAGAGAGAUCCCCAAGUGAUGAUCGCCACGCGAAAAAAGAUGCACCAAAAGGCACGUGAGAAAGGAAAUUCACCACAAUAUUGUUGAUCUUGCUUGUGUGAGCUUGGAGGUUGCUGAUUUUGCCGCAGUUUGCAACACGAGCGAAAUUUUACUUUCCCCAUCCGAGGGAACAUCACACCGAUGCGAGUAGAAAGGAAGUACAUGCGAUCGUGCUCUGCGAAGAAGAAAAACCCGCCAGUAGCAGCAUCGGCAGCAUCAGCAACUGCAGUGCUCCAGACGCGACUCCACACACCACCAUCACCGAUGUAUUACUAACAAAACGUCAUCAAACGGCGUUAGUGAGGCGGUGCUUUAUGUUGUUUUCGUGAUAUCUCCGUGCGUUGUGUGUCCGGUGGAAAAUUGAAUGUUUCGAGAGGGAGAGGAAAACAAGAGGCGCAUUGUGUGGUGAAUGUGAAGAAAAAAAAGAUAAAUUGGAAGCAAAUCCAGCUAACCGUUCGUCGAGGGGGAGGGCUCACGGCCCAAACGCCCCGUGAAAGUGUGCGUCGUGCUGCGGAAAAAACGGAAAGAAAUAGCCGCACAAGCUACGAACCCGCCAAACGAUGAGGAUCCGCAGUCGGGUGCUGGCACCGGUCACCACCCUGGGGGUGUUUAUCAUCGUGAUGAUCCUUCAGUGUUCGGUACCGACCGUGACGGCGAUACAGACGGAAAAGGAAGCCUACUUCAAUGGAUCUGCCUACCUGAGGUUAAAAACGCCAAUGACCCUAUGGAGCUAUUCGGCGAUUAGUUUCAAGUCGUGCCGAGGUGGAGAAAUUCUCUCCCAACGCUAUUCAGGUCACGCCCUACUGGUGUCCGUCCUGCCGGACUGGGUGUCCAUCGUGCUGUCCACGCCCGCCCAGCAACCGAUCGAGGCGCGCGUGACCGGCCGUCUGCUGGACAACAAAUGGCACACGCUCGAGUUCAUCUACCAGGCCGGCACGCUGUACUGCGUGAUCGACAAACAGUCGACCCCGAUCGCGAACCAGAGCUACAACGCACCGCUGAUACUCGAUCAGGAGAUCAAAAACGAGGCGGCCGUGCUGAUACUGGGCAAGCAGUUCUCGGGCUGCCUGCUGCACGGUCCCGGCCUGGUGUUCAACUCGAGCGCCAUGAACGCGGAAGCGGUCGUAUUCGGACCGUGUCCGUUGGCCGCCGGUCCGUGCUCGGAUCAUGACGUGCUGGAGGGCAUCCCGGUCGACUACUGCUCGCACGAUCCGUGCAUGCAGCACGGGACGUGCAUUUCGCGAUCGGACUCGUACGAGUGUCACUGUACGGCACGGUUCAAGGGCAAGAACUGUGAGAUCGAUAUGGGUCCUCCGUGUCAGUCGUACCCUUGCCAGCACGGUGGCUCCUGCAGCGAGGACAGCAAGGGCGAGUACAGAUGCACGUGCGCACCGGGCUACACGGGCGCGGUUUGCGAGACGGAACUGAGCGUCCAUCCGCUGUGUGAGAAGAAUCCGUGCGUUAACAAUGGGACGUGCAGAGUGGCACCCGGCACCAGCAAUGUCGAGUGCGACUGUCUCAAGGGUUUCAUCGGGAUGCGUUGCGAGAUCAACUGGGACGAUUGUAAGUCGAACGUGUGUCUUAACGGCGGCCGGUGCAUUGACGGCGUGGAUGCGUUCACCUGCGACUGCAAAGGUACGGGCUAUGGCGGUACGCUCUGUCAGAACAACAUCGACGAAUGUCUGACCAACCCGUGCCUGAACGGUGGCACCUGCUUCGAUACGUACGGGUCGUUCCUGUGCGAUUGUCCGUCCGGUUUUACCGGACCCAAGUGUCAGAUGAGCGUGAACGAGUGCAAAUCACAACCGUGCCAGAAUGGAGGAACGUGUAUUGAUACGCGGGAAGGAUUCGAAUGUCGCUGCAUUCCCGGUUACAGUGGGGCGCUGUGUGAGCUGGAACCUGGCUGUGGACAGUGUCCACCGGAUUCGGAGUGUGUCGCUGGACGAUGCGUUUGUAAACCGGGUACCACAGGGAUGGUAGGGCUUUGUGUAGAGCAAGUCACUGCCGCCGCCAUCGCUACGAUCACGACCAACGUCAAUGCCGCCGGCACAAGUGCACAGAAAUCCCAGGCCCUCACUAAUGCAUGCGCUAGCUAUUGCUACAAUGGCGCCAGCUGCGUCCCGGCCGGAACUGCCGCCGGCUUCGGUCAAAAUUUAACCUGUAUUUGUGCUAGCGGAUACACAGGAUCUCGCUGUGAAUCGCCCAUCGCCCUACCGUACUCCGACGAAUGUAACUGCCUUAACGGUGGAAGCUGUGCAUCGAAUGGAUCGACCUGUCUUUGUCCCCCGGGUUACGAAGGUAUACGCUGCGAACAAACGAUCGGCAACAACAUUUGCAACCCAUCGAACUGUGCCGAACCGUACCGGUGCAUCGGUGGUAAAUGUCAGUGUCCGGAAAACAUGAACUGCGACAAUCCGUGUGCGUCUUCGCCGUGUCUACACAACGGGUCCUGCUAUCAGCAGGGUCAGAGUUUUGCCUGCAAGUGUACGUCUGGGUUUGAAGGAAAGCGGUGCGAGAACGACAUCGACGAGUGCAAGAACGAUGGUAUCUGCGGGAAUGGAAUCUGUCAGAAUACGCCCGGCUCGUUCCGGUGUUUCUGUACGCCCGGGUAUACGGGGCUGAACUGCGAUGUGGAUGUGGACGAAUGCUUAAGCCAUCCGUGCAAGAACAAUGCCGAGUGUCAGAAUAAGCAGAACGACUACGAGUGUAUCUGCCCGGCGGGAUAUACGGGCAAGGAUUGUAGUGUGGACAUCGAUGAGUGCGAGAGUAACCCGUGCUCUAAGGGCUCGAGCUGUGUCGAUCAGGUGGCCAACUUUACGUGCAUGUGUGUCCCGGGCAUGACGGGACGGUUGUGCGAGAUCGAUAUUGACGACUGUGAGAGUCAACCAUGUCAGAACGGAGGACGGUGCAUCGAUCAGUUGGGUGGAUUCCAGUGCGACUGUAAUGCUACCGGCUAUUCGGGUAUCUACUGCCAGACGAACAUCAACGAGUGUGAAUCGAACCCGUGCACCAACGGGGCCGAAUGUGUGGACAAGAUCAACGACUAUCAGUGCAACUGCUUCCCGGGAUACACGGGCAAGAACUGUGAGGAGGACAUUGACGAGUGUGAGAGUGUGCCCUGCCUGUACGGAGGCACGUGCUUGCAGCGCUCCAACUACACCCUGUAUCAACCACUGCCGAUCGUUGGAGCGAAGGGUCUACCGGUCCACUUUGCUCAACCGUUCUCCUACUCGAUUGCGGCCGGGUACGAGUGUAUCUGUGUGCCCGGUACGAUGGGCUCGAACUGUGAGACGAACAUCAACGAGUGCGAGAGUAAUCCUUGCAAGAAUGGAGGCUGUGUGGAUGGUGUCGGCAACUAUACGUGCGAGUGCGAUCCUGGCUUCGAGGGUUCUCACUGCGAAACGGAUAUUGAUGAGUGUCUGAAGUAUAGGCCGUGCGUGCACGGAACGUGUAUGGAUGGGCGUAACAACUACAUCUGCGACUGUGACGGGCUUUGGGGUGGCAAGAACUGCUCGGUACAGCUGACGGGUUGCGUGAAGGAACCGUGCCUGAACGGUGGCACCUGUGUGCCGUAUCUGGAGAACGAAACACAGCACAAGUUCAACUGCUCGUGCCAUCAAGGGUUCCAGGGUAAGACGUGCGACACGGUGACGACAAUGUCGCUGGUGGCCAGCAGUCUGCUCGUGGUGAACACAACCCGCGACGAAGGAUAUGACAUUCAGCUGCGCUUCAAGACAACCCUGCCGAACGGAAUACUCGCCUUCGGGAAUGGUGCCACUUCGUACAUACUUGUGCUGAACAAUGGUCGGCUGAAUCUACAUUCGGCCCUGCUGAAUCGCUGGGACGGUGUGUUUAUUGGCUCGGAGCUGAACAACAGCAAAUGGCAGAAAGUGUUUGUGGCGAUCAACUCCUCCCAUCUGGUCCUUUCGGCUAACGAUGAGCAGACGAUCUACCCCAUCAACUCGUACGAAGGAACCAACGGAAGCAAUACGUCCUUCCCGAUCACGUACCUCGGCGGCACAAUCCCAUCGUUAGCGCAACCCUACCUAAAGCACAUCGCACGCGCCGUCUCGAGCUUCGUAGGCUGCAUGGAGGAUGUCGUUAUCAACGGGCAAUGGGUGCUGCCAGGGCAGGAGCAAGAAUUCACCACCCUGCACAACAUCGACACCGGCUGCCCACGAACGCCGCAGUGUGAUCCUAACCCGUGCCACUCGAACGGUCACUGUACCGAUCUGUGGCAUACGUUCUCGUGCAGCUGCCAACGACCACACCUGGGACACACGUGCAAGUACAACAUCACCGCGGCAACGUUCGGGCACGAAAACACUACCAACUCCGCCGUCAAGGUGACGGUAAGCGAUGUGGCCCGCCGAGCGAUCCGAUCCGUGCUAGAUAUCUCCAUGUUUAUCCGUACGCGCAAACCCUCCGGUCAGGUGUUCUAUCUCGGUUCCGACCCGGACAAUCAAAACGCCAACGCGAACCAAUCGCCUAGCGAUGAUUCGUACGUUGCCGCUUUCCUGUCCAAAGGCGAGCUGUUGGUGCGCAUGAUCUUCAACGACACACCGGAAGGAUAUACGGUCGGUGGCAACAAGCUCGACAACGGCUAUCUGCAUCUGAUCGAAGUGAUCCGCAACUCGACGCUCAUUCAGGUGAAGCUGAAUGGAACGGAAUACUUCCGCAAAACGCUCUCCACGUCGGGUCAGCUGAAUGCUCAAGUACUGUAUCUUGGCGGACCACCACCAAACGCUGACACAAUCAACAGCUUGUACAAGGACGACUCCGAGAAGCAGUACUUCAAGGGUAUCAUCCAGGACGUGCAGGUGUCGAAUGGAUCGCAUGCAAUGAUCGUGGAGCUGUAUCCGCUCGGCAACGAAACGGAGGGACUGGAACUGCCGGCACCAUUCGGGCAGGUUACGAUUGAUCGCAACUCUGUGCUGGAGGGUAUUGUGUCGGAUGAUCUAUGCCGCAGUCAACCGUGCUAUCACGACGCGUACUGCGAAAACACCUGGAACGAUUUCAUCUGUACAUGUCCCCGUGGCUACAAGGGCAAAUACUGUCAGGACAUUCAGUUCUGCGAGCUGCAAAAGUGUCCGAUGAAUGCGACCUGCCAGAAUCUCGACGCCGGCUACGAGUGUAUCUCCAACAUGACGUUCCACGACGAUAAGGAACCGCUCGUGUUCACGUUCGACGAACCGGACCGGAAGGACAUCAGCAUGGACACGAUCGAAAUUUCCUACCGCACCAAGUUCGGUGGCACACUGCUGUACGUGCACGAUGGCGAUAUGUACUUCGAGAUCUCGACCAUCCGCCAGCUGGUCACGAUCUCCUGGCUGCUGUCCGGCGAUCUGCCCGAAACGCAUCGCUUCGAGCGGGAGCUAGCAGGGGACGACGAUAGCUACGAUUGGCACACGCUGCUCGUGAAGGUUAGCCAGGGCGGUAAGCUGGAGGCCGGCUGGAAGGGUUGGGAAACGGCAAUCGAUCCACAGCCGAGUCUAACGGCCGACAUCGACUACUUCGCGUUCCGGCAUUUGUUCUCCGGCCGGCAGCAGAUCUACAUCGGCGGUAUGCCCGAGAUGGCACACAUCGAGAACAAUUCCGUUGUAAGCGGUGGCAUUGACAAGGGUUCGUCGUUCAAGGGAUGUCUCGGGGAGACGCGUGUCGGUGGAUUUUUGCUGCCGUACUUCCCGCACGAGCUGAUCUAUCCGGAUACGUUCAAUCUGACGCAGGGGCACUUUAAGCUUAACUCAACCCAACCGGAGCAGGGCUGCAUUUUGUGCUUCCAGCAGUCGUGCAAAAAUGGAGGCAUUUGCAGCAAUCCGUCGGAACAGUACGCGUGUGAGUGUCCGGCUGGGUAUGAGAGUGACGAUUGCUCGCAAAACAUUGACGAAUGUCUGUCGGCGAACUGUAUGAAUGGAGCGACCUGUGUGGAUGGUGUGGCAAGCUUCACCUGCCAGUGUCUGGAGGGAUACGAGGGUCAGCUGUGUGAGAUCGAGAUCAACGAGUGUGACUCUAACCCGUGCCACAAUGGGGGUGUGUGUCAGGAUCUGUUGGCAGGGUUCGCGUGCACCUGCACGGAAGAGUAUGCUGGACCGCAGUGCGAUGUGUUCCGGCUGGUGACGUGCGACAAUAUGCCCUGUCGCAAUGGAUCUCGUUGUGUCGAUGGAUACAAUAUGACGACCGGAAACAACUUCACCUGCACGUGCACCGCUGGCUUUGCUGGUCCGCUGUGUGACAAACCGUUCUGUCAGGAGGUACCGUGCCAGCAUGGCACAUGCGACACAGAAGCCGCGAUUCCGAAGUGUAGCUGUGAGCUCGGGUACGUCGGGAUGUACUGUGAGACGGAAGUGAACGAGUGUGAAUCGGCACCCUGUCUGAAUGGUGGCCAGUGCAUCGACUUUGUGAACGAGUAUCGCUGCAACUGUACCGGCACCGGGUUCGAUGGGAAGCACUGCGAGCACGAUAUCAACGAAUGUCUGCAGGAAAGGAUCAGUUGCGGUGGUCGCGGUCACUGCAUCAAUACGGAAGGUUCCUUUAGGUGCCACUGUGAGGAGGGCAUGUGUGGGAAGGAUUGUGCCCAGUCCGAUCCCUGCCAGGUGAAUCCCAACGUUUGUCUCAAUGGAGGCGUCUGCGUGGAGGAUUGUGAUCGUGAGCGAAGGUACUACUGCAACUGCACCGGUGGCUACACGGGCGUCAACUGUUCUGAGCAGGCCGAUAACAGUCUCAAUGAAAUCAGCUAUCUGGACACGGUUUACUACUAUGUUCAUAACUUUGUGGCCACGCUGGAAGCGGAAGAAGCGUCCGGUGCGGACAUUGCGCUCAUUGUAGUGCCGGUGGUGAUCGGCAUCCUGACGAUAGCCGGCGCACUGAUCGGUACGUUCCUGGUGAUGGCCCGCAACAAGCGUGCAACGCGCGGAACCUACAGCCCUAGUGCGCAGGAGUACUGCAACCCAAGACUGGAGAUGGACAACGUGCUUAAACCACCGCCGGAGGAGCGACUGAUAUAGUUCUGUGGUAGCCCCCCCCGGUUAACUGUGGAAUGCUUUAUACGGGGUAGUUUUCUUAGUUUGUCUCUCACUUCCGUCCACACGCUGAAGGUCCUCGUCGCCAGCCACUACUCCUCCUCCUCCUCCUGGUCGAGAUGGUUUCUCCCAUUCCAUGUAAUGUUGUCCCAUAUGGCGCUAUGGGAAUAGGAACUACACUCACCCCUUACUUAAUCCCCAAAAGAAUCCGGCCAAACCAAGGGUUCUGAUUGUAAAAAGUUAGCAUUAAGGUAUUCCGAGCUAUGGCGAUUCGAUUGAGAAACGCUUCCACGGCGCUAGGCAAAUAAUAAAACUGCGACCAACCGAUUAAAAACUCAACACACACACACUCACGCAAGGCACCGGCCAGAACGCCACACGGUGCUUUGCUGAUGAUGCGUUUUAUAUAAAUUUUAAUGCACAGUGUUAGUGUUUUGUUUGUUUUGUUUUAACAAGUGUCUGAUAACAAUGUGAUAUCCACCAAGAUUGGCUCACACCGGCUGCCUGUAACGCGUAACCAGCAGCUAGUUGACGUUGAGCUAGCUAGCUAGAAACAAUUGAGGAACGUUGACUGAAUCUUAAGACAAUCAGACUGCCGUGAAAUCACGAUAUUUCGCUAUCCUCUCCCGUUGGUCUUAGCAAAAUUGCGACCAUUGCCUAAACUGUUUUGUGCCUACAAAAUUACGAAGAGAAAAGACGGUGAGCCCAGCCUUUUGAUAUCCUCACACUCAACAUCAACAAAAAACACGCUCAGGACAAAGGUUUUCCGUGCAGGUUGAAUUAGAGGUAACUUUUAAAAAAAUGCUUAGAUAGUAUAGUUUUACUCACGGUUGCGUGCUACCGCACUGGGCGUAGGUAAUAUGAGACAGCGAAACACGGCACAGGAUAUGCUACAAAUCCUAUGAAUCUUUCAAAUCGAAAACAGACCACUGUUAGCUACUUAAAACGAGUUAGUGCGUGCAAGACUCACCACGGUACGGUACAGUAACGCGUAUCAACGCGGGUUGAUAAUUAUUGUGUAAAGCAGCACUGUUGUGCAGCCGGUUCUAAAUUCGACAGUGUUCAGAACUGUUCGCCGAAAAGUUACUGAAUGGCAAGGAAGAGAUGGGAAACCCGCGGACCCUAGAUGGGGCCUAGAAUAAGACUAAACUAAAAAAGUGAAUAGCCAGAGUGGUGCGAUGCGUUAAUAAAGUUCGAACGAUCCGAGUGUAGAGCUUGGAGAAGUGUAUUUCA